CAUUCACGCUUCUCAAUUACGAAGCCUUCGGUUCCUCACGAAGAUCGAGUGAUGACAAACCGACGUACGAACAUUUUACGCGUCCAUUACACGAAUAAAAACACCACUUCGAGCUCUUUGCUGUGAAUCAAAAUCAUUGACAGCCCGCCAUUUGCGUAGACGACACGCGCUGUCAAAAUUCACUUGUAGUUUUUUUUUAAUCUGAACAAAAGUUGUUCGCUAUUCUGCCUUGUAACAUCUUACCAGUAAUUGUUUGACAAAAUUCGAUAUGAAUCUUCGCCUGCACAUAUUCGUUAUCCAAGUCUUGUGGCUGAUAGCAGUUUUAAAUGGAAAAACCAUCCAUGGAAUACCCGGCUAUGGUAGAAAUCUUGUAAUAAAAUCAUUGCCAGCUAUUGAAGACUUACAAAGCAAUGUGUAUGAAGUUUUCAUGGAGCCAUUUUUAUAUGGACCUAGAUCAGCUCCUGGCUUACAAGCGGUAGUAUAUCUGAAAGACGACGUGGAGUCCGGCGUAAGUGGCGAGCUGGUGUUCACGCAGGUGGCGCCCAACGGCCCCGUGUCAAUACAGGGCAACAUCACCGGUCUUUCGGCCGGUCUGCACGGGGUACAUGUGCACCAGAGUGGAGAUAUUGAUACAGAUUGCAAGAAAAUCGGACCACAUUACAUCGCUUACUAUGGUCGUCACGGCGGCCCACGGGACCCAAUCCGUCACGUGGGCGACUUGGGCAACGUUAAGGCUGAAGAAGGAGAGACAUUACAAGUGAAGAUCAUCGAUGAACUCAUUUCUCUAGCUGGUCCGCGGUCCGUUGUCGGCAGGUCGUUAGCUAUAACCAAGGGAGAGGAUGACUACGGCAGGGCGGGUACUGAAGAAAGCGCUUUAACUGGUUCUUCAGGACCUGUGAUCGCAUGCGGAGUUAUUGGUUACUUACAUUAGUAAUGUUAAUGUAUAUUUUGUACUUAUAGAGUAGGAACGUUUUCUUAAGUAUUAUUUUGCAGUAUUUAAAAAAAAAUUAAAUUCAACAGACAAAAAAUUGCACUUUUAGUUAGGAAUAUGAGUUUCUAUAUCUGAUAUUUUACGUUUAUACUUAUUUUCUUUUUUUGAAUACAUACUUCCACAUGGUAAACAAAUAUCAAUAAAAUUGUGUAUAAUAAUUAUAACAUAACAAAACUAGUGUUUUAUUUAGGUUCUUUUAUAAGGUGGCGAACGAGACACCUGAAUUCGCCAAAGCGAAGAUGUCUACCUUCUCAUUUGAGUUCUGUGUGAUUGGUAUUUCAACGGCCGAGCCGACCAAGUCUUCGACUCUGUGUCAAUAAGAAAGUUCUCUAUGUAAAUAUGCAAGAGUUCAAAACAUGGAAUACGUUCGGAAGAUAUCUGGGAGAUUUUUUCUUUGACCACUUUUUAAACACAUAAA